AUGUCAACAACUAUUGCAACUACAAAGUCAGAAACAGAGCCAAUAAUGAAACGUCAUAGUCUGGCAAUAACAUUAAUAACAUGUGUUCUUGGUUUAUAUGGUACUUUCUUAACUUGGUCUAUUUUACAAGAACGAAUAAAUACAAAACCUUAUGGUGACAACAAUGAAUAUUUCCAAGCACCUUUAAUUGUAAAUAUCAUACAAGCAUUAUUUGCUGCUAUUGUUGGGUUAAUAUACACCUUGAUAAGUUCUGGAAAUUCCCCAUUUGAUGUUUUCACUGAUAAUGGAGCUAAUGGGUUUCAAAUAUUUAAAUCUAUGGUAUUAAUUGCAAUGACAUCAAGUUUAAGUUCUCCAUUAGGAUAUAAAUCAUUAAAUCAUUUAGAUUAUUUGGCUUAUUUAUUAGCAAAAUCAUGUAAAUUGAUUCCAGUUAUGUUUAUUCAUUUUGUAUUUUAUAGAACUAAAUUUCCAGCUUAUAAAUAUCUUGUUGCAAGUUUGGUUACUAUAGGAGUUACAAUUUUCACCAUAUCUCAUUCAAGUAAGAAAACAAGUGUUAAUGAUGGUAAUUCUGAAUUAGGAAUGUUAUUAUUAAUUGGAUCAAUGUUAUUAGAUGGGUUAACUAAUUCAACUCAAGAUCAAUUAUUUAAGUAUAAAUAUAAAGUCAAAUUAACUGGUUCAAAAUUGAUGUGUAUUUUGAAUUUAUUUGUAUUUAUAUUAACGUUAUCAUAUACUUUGGUAUUCAAAUAUCAAGAGAUUAAAGAUACUACUAAUUUCAUUCAUCGUCAUCAUGAAGUUGUAUAUGAAAUUAUCAGUUUUUCAUUAUGUGGAGCAAUUGGUCAAGUAUUUAUAUUUAUAAUAUUAGAGAAAUUUGAUUCAAUCAUUUUAAUUACAGCUACAGUAACUAGAAAAAUGUUAAGUAUGAUCCUAAGUGUAUUUUUAUUUGGUCAUAGAUUGAAUAUAACUCAAUGGUUAGGUGUAGUCUUAGUAUUUGGAGGAAUUGGAUAUGAAGCUUUGAUUAAAUUAAAGAGUAAGCAACAACAACAACACGACCCUAAGGAACAAUCUUCCAUAGAGAAGAAGAAAAAAGUUUAG